CGGAGCCAGUUCACUGGGUGGAUAAGAUGGCUGUUCCUGGGAGAGAUGGAGACCUGAGGCUCCAGCAGAACAAUCCACUGGAUCCCAGCACUGGUCAGAAGAGCAAGUUCUUGGGGACUGACUGGAAAACACCCACGCUGUCGGUGAAGUCCCAGAGCCGCGUCAGUCGCUGUCCGAGCGUGGCUGACAGUGGGGACGGGGGCAUCGGCACCUCCUGCUCGGACAGCACAGAAGAUUUUUGCAAUUCCAGUAACGGUUCCUCAUUCCACCCCAUCAAAACCCAGGUGACCAUUCCAACAGCCCACAUUAUGCCUUCCACGCUGGGUGCCUCACCCUCCAAGCUGUGCUCUGCAGGAAACCAGGGCUGUUCCCAGGGCACUUCAAAGCCUGCCGUGCCAGGAUCUGCCUCUGAACACUCAGGGCUCACGAGGAACGGGGAUUUUAAUGCUGGGAAGUCGUCUCAGGUGCCACCCAGGGAUCUCCUGCGCCUCUACGGGGGCUCAGGGCAAAAUGGCUUUGAGCAGCCCUGGCCCCAUGCUGCUGAUCCCACGAGAACAGAAGACCCUUGGAAGUUUGAAACCCCUGCCAUGGAGCGCACCCUGAACCAGUCUCUCUUUCUGGACAGUUUGUGUGCUGACCCUCAGCACAGGUUCCAGAAGCUCAAUCCAAACCCCGAGGCGGGGAAGGACCGUUUUAAGGUGCUGCCAGAGAGCCAACACGGGGCAGGGCCCGACGGAGUCUGCGAGCCCCGGGACGGGACGUGGCCCAGCGGGAGCAGAGCGAUGCCAGCGGGACUCCAGGCCAACAAUUUCUUCCCCAAACCCGUCGUGACUCCUCCAUCCCGAGCGUGGGUGCCAGAAGGGUGCACCCUCCAUCCUCACAAGGGGGUCUGCGAGCUCAGUGCCUGGAAACAGCAGCUGGACCAAGUGAGGCUGCAGGUGGAGCAGAUGCAGUUACAAAACGGAGGCACCUGCCCCCAUUCCUCGAUGUACUCUCCAUCCCUGCCUCCACCUGAUCCAGCCCAGUGGAUCAAUAUCCUGAACUCCAAUGAAAACCUGCUCAAGGAGAAAGAGCUCCUCAUCGACAGACAGAGGCAGCACAUAUCCCAGUUGGAGCAGAAAGUCCGGGAAAGUGAACUGCAGGUUCACAGUGCCCUGCUGGGCUGUCCAGCAUCCUAUGGAGAUGUCUACAUGCUUAGGCUGCAGGAGCUGCAGAGGGAGAACACGUUCCUGCGAGCACAGUUCACAGAGAAGACUGAAUCCCUCAGCAAGGAGAACAUUGAGUUGGAGAGGAAGCUGGCUGCUGCAGAGGUGGAUGUGAAGCUGGCCCGGGAGUCGCUGAAGGAAGCUGUGCAGAAACAUGCAGAGGAGUUAAAGAAACAGGAAGAGAGGGUAAAGGGAAGAGACAAGCACAUCAGUAACCUUAAAAAGAAAUGCCAGAAGGAAUCUGAACAGAGCAGAGAGAGACAGCAGAGAAUUGAGACCCUGGAACGAUACCUGGCUGAUCUGCCCACCCUUGAGGAGCACCAGAAACAGAGUCAGAAGCUGAAGGAUUCUGAACAGAAGAGCACUGCUCUGCAGGAAACAGUGCUGGCACUGGAAACAGAGCUUGGGGACAUCCAGGCUGCUCUCAGGGAGCAGGAGAUGCAGCUGGAAAACCAAAAACACAAGGAGAUGGAGCUUCUCUCCACUGUGCGCAGCUUGCAGGAUAAGCUGCAGCAGAGUGUAAAGAAUGCAGAGAGAGGACCCGCUGCCCAGGAUGGGGAGAGAAAGAAAAUGGAACAUGACUCUCUGAAGAAAGAAUGCGACUGCCUCAAGAAGAUCGUGGACAAAAAGCAGAAGAAGAUGGAGCAGUUAUCCUUGCAAGUAAAGAACCUGGAAGAACAGGUGGCUCAGGAAGAGGGGACAAGCCAAGCUCUGAAAGAAGAGGCGAUGAGAAGGGAAAAUGCACUGCAGCAGCUCCGGGCUGCUGUGAAAGAGCUCUCUGUGCAGAACCAGGAGCUGAUCGAGAAGAACCUGACGCUCCAGGAGCGGCUCCGCCAGGCCGAGCUGACGGCCCAGCCCCUGCCCGCUGACACAGCCCGCCUCACCCAGGAGCUGCACGGGGAGCUGGCCAUCUGCCUGCAGGAUUUACAGUCUGUCUACAGCAUCGUCACUCAGAGGGCUCAGGGCAAGGACCCCAACCUCUCUCUGCUCCUGGGCAUUCACUCUGUGCAACACCCUGUGAAGGAGAAGGAAGACUUGCUGAGCCCUGAUGGACUUGCAAAGAAAGUGGUGGAGGUAAAACAGCUUCACAAAGAGGUGGAGGAGUUAAGGACUGCGAUAUCUGACAGAUAUGCUCAGGAUAUGGGAGACAACUGCAUCACCCAGUAAGGAGCACUCCCCAAAGUAAGACAGGAAAUGAAGACUUGAAACCCUCGGGAGUCUUGAGCUCCUGCAACCCUAAACCUAUUCAGCACUUUACCAUCCCUCUGCUCGGGUACAAGAGAUGUGACUUAUCUGAUCUGUGAGGGAUCAGGGGGUUUGUUGCCAGAAGUGUUCAGCUGCUGACUGGAAUCGUUCAGGGCUUCGGUGUCGGGCUUUGCAGUAGCUUUGAUCUUGUGGAAUGUGUUUUGUGCUGUGUUUGCUGGAGCUGGUGUGGUCUCUGACACUGGGAGAUUGGAUUCUGACUUGCCUUCCAGGCAUGUCAAAUGCUGAACAUGCAAAUGUGACAGUUAAAAUCAUCACUAGAAGGAAAUGUAUGCCCUGGU